UAUGCAACCUGCGUUAAGAUCUCAACCGAUGCUUCCAUCAAGGAAAUGAUUCCUCCCGGUUGCCUCGUCAUGCUAACGCCUCUGAUUGUCGGUUUCUUUUUCGGCGUUGAGACCCUCUCUGGUGUCCUCGCUGGCUCCCUUAUCUCCGGAGUUCAGAUUGCGAUAUCUGCAUCAAACACUGGUGGAGCCUGGGACAAUGCCAAGAAGUACAUUGAGGCGGGUGCAUCAGAGCACGCGAGGAGCUUAGGACCAAAAGGGUCAGAGCCACACAAGGCAGCGGUGAUAGGCGACACAAUAGGGGACCCGUUAAAGGAUACAUCAGGACCGUCGCUUAACAUAUUGAUCAAGCUAAUGGCUGUUGAGUCUCUCGUCUUUGCUCCCUUCUUCGCCACACAUGGUGGUUUCCUCUUCAGGAUCUUCUCCUAAAUAUAAUCAUGCUGGUUAUAGAGGAGGUGCUUUAAAUUUUGUUUAAUGGGGGCCAUUACCAAAACGUAAAAAUCUAUCUAGAUGUUUAGGAAACUCACCAACCAAACAAGUGAUCCUAAAUCUGUCAAAGUCUUCUUAUUUAACUUUAAAUUUCUUGUGUCUAAGAGUUUGCUGAAAGUUCUUAUCUCCGUACUUGAGAGAAGCAUCACAGUUCAUAAUCA